AUGUAUUUUCCAAUCGGUUCGUUUCGAAGUUUUUCAUUACCCAUAGAAGAACCAUAUGAGAUUAUAUUUAUACGAACUACUCGUGAUCGUCUUAAACUUGUACUACUAACACCGACUAUUAUAAGUGUAUGGCUAACAAAGCCAACAACAUUAGUUGGUCUUGUUCGCCGUUCAGAAAACUCCAUAUCAGUACAUGGUCAAAAUGUUUUUGCUGAAUGGCGAAAUGAUACUCAAAAACUUGCUGUUACUACAACUAAAGGUUAUAUAAUAUAUUAUAAAGUUGUAAUUGAUAAACCAAAAUCAUCAUUUUUUGGCUCAACUAAUGAUGAAGAUCCCUGUGAAUAUCUUAUUCGAAUUAAUACCGACGCACAAUUUACAUUUCCUAUGGUACGAAUUAAACUCGUUCAAGACAGUGCUUUACAUGUUGGUUCAGACAUUCAAGGAAUAACAAAUCUCGGUCCGGAUUUAUUAGUAGCUGAUAAUACAGGAUAUUUAUAUCGUAUAUCAUGGGAUGGAUCAAUGCAUCAACAUUUAACAUUAUCUUUGAGUACAAUGUCAUAUACAAUUUCUUUAAAUUCUGAUCGAGUUUUUAAAAUUCAUAAACCAGAUCGUUAUGCAAAAUAUAUUGAAUUUUCACCGUUAUUAAAUGGUAUUGGAAUUGUAUUUAGUGAUGGUACAUCAGGCUUAAUUAUAUGUGAAACAUCGAAAUUUGAACCACAGCAAUGUCAAUGUAUUGUUAUUCAACCAACCAAUGAUGAAAAAAUUUGGAAAACUCAUUGUUGUGUUGCAUUGAAUGCGAUAUAUCAGUUAUUAGCAUUUGGUUCAUUAAAUGGACAAGGUGUAGUUUAUUAUAUUGAUGAAUUAACAGCAUCGUUACAAUUAGCUUUUAAAAUACAAUUAUCAGUAGAGAAUUUUCCAGAUUUAGUGGAAAAUUUGGGUGCAUUAUGUUCGAUGAAAUGGAGUCCUGAUUAUCGUGUCCUUUGUACUCUUUGGCAAAAUGGUGCAUUUGCUGUUUGGACAGUAUUUGGUAUACUUCUUCAUUGUUCUUAUUCAUCGGAUCAAUCAUUAAAUCCUAUGCAUUCAUAUGGUCUUUCACGUGUUAUUGAAUGGGGUCCUGAUGGAUAUACUCUCUGGAUUGCAUCCGAAAAAUUAACUACAACUGCUGUUUCAACACCUACUGAUGAUGAUACCGAAGUAGCAAAAGAAAAUAGUAGUCAAUUAAUAUUAUUGAACUUUUUAAAAUCAUCUGUGAUCAACAAUCCUCAUUCGGGUAGCAUUGAACAUUUGUUAUUACAAUCUGAAGAUAAAGUAUAUUUAUAUCUGAGUGGUAAUCAACAAUCAACAAAUGGGAAUAUUAAUGGUUUAUCAAUAUCUGUUGGUUGUGAUGUUGGCUGGCAAGUUAUUCAAUUACCUCAAUUAUAUAUUCAUAAUAAUUGGCCAAUAAAAUUUGCUUGUAUUGAUAAUACGGGUCAAUAUUUAGCUGUUGCUGGUCAACAUGGAUUUGUACAUUUUUCAUUAUUUACACGUAAAUGGAAAUUAUUUGGCAAUGCUGGCCAAGAACGUGAUAUACGAGUUGUGGGUGGUUUAUUAUGGUGGCAAGAAUUUAUUGUAUGCGGUUGCACAUCGACAAGUGAAAAUCGAGAUGAAAUACGUCUUUAUUCACGAUUAACUAAUUUGGAUAAUCAAUUUUCAUAUGUUACUCGUCUACAAUCACCGAUUAUUUGUUUAAAUAUUUAUGAAGAUACAUUAAUAGUAUUUUCAUAUGAUUUACACAUUAUGUUAUAUGCAUUAGAAAGAAAAGAAGGAAAACCAGUUCCGACGGCAUCUAUGGUAAAAUUACAUGAAAUAUCUGUUGAAUCUUAUGUUCCACAUGCUGUCUUUGUACCAUUUAUUGGUUUAACUUCCCUGCGAACGGAUUCCGGUUUACCGCAAGCAAAUAUUUCUUCAUCAAAUGAUCAUACUCCUCAAAGUAUUCUUCUUAAUGUAUGUGGACGUCUUCUUCUUUUACAACAAGAACGAGGUGGUUCAUCAUUAAUUUUACAAAAAGCAUCUAAAAGAAAUACGUCACAAUCAGUUACAUUUUUACCACCAGUUAUGAUUGCUGCAUGGGUUGAAAGUAUAUGGACAAUAUCUCAUCAGAAUUCAACAAAUCCAUAUUUAUCAAAUGCAUUAUGGUUAUGUUGUGGUUUACAUGGAAUGAAAGUAUGGCUACCAUUAUAUCGUAAAGUAGAUGAACCCAUAUUUCAAUCUCAUCGUAUUAUGCUUACAUUUGGUUUAACUAUUUAUCCAUUAGCUGUUGUUGUUGAAGAAGCAGUUAUACUUGGUGCUAUGUCAGAAUUUGAAAAUUUUAAUUCAAAAUCAUUUUGCUCAAUUACAAAAACCACUCAAGUCUUUCUUAAUCAUGUCUUUCAAGAAUUGAUUCGUAAAAAUCUGGAUUUUGAUGCAUUACAAAUUGCUCAGACAUGCAAGAGCAUUCCACAUUUUUCACAUGUUCUAGAAUUACUUUUACAUAAAGUACUUGAAGAAGAAGCAACUAGUACACAACCAAUUCCAGGUAAAUAA